AUGUUUUAUGCAUACCUAUUCAAAUACAUAAUAAUUGGAGACACUGGAGUCGAAAAAUCAUACCUUCAACUUCAAUUCACUGACAACCGCUUUCAACCCGUCCACGACGUCACUAUCGGUGUGGAAUUCGGUGUAAGGAUGAUCAACAUUGAUAAGAAACCAAUCAAGUUACAAAUAGGGGACACGGCGGGUCAAGAAUUGUUCAGAUCGAUAACAAGAUCAUACUACAGAGGAGCAGCAUGUGCAUUGCUCGUUUAUGAUAUAACAAGGAGAGAAACAUUUGAUCACUUGGCUUUUUGGUUAGAAGAUGUAAGGCGACAUGCAAAUUCGAGUAUGACCAUUAUGUUGAUCGGAAACAAGUGUGAUCUCAUUAAGAAGCGCGUUAUAAGUAUUGAAGAAGGCGAGAAGUUUGCGAAGGAGAAUGGUUUGAUGUUCAUGGAGGUCUCGGCGAAAAGUGCAGAAAACGUUGAAGAGGCGUUCGUGAAAACAGCUGGAAAAAUAUGUAAAAAGAUUAAAGAUGGAGAAUUUGAUGUGUUGAAUGUAGUUCUUUUUAAGUGCAUAUUUAAUUGUGAAUGUAGUUCUUUUUAA